AUACUUGGUCUCAAAGCACACCAAAAGCCGCGUCCAACAUAGGCAGCUUCAUUUUGUUUUUCCCACAUUGAGUGACUUGAAAGCAAAUGUGAAAUGUCCGGGACAUCUACACCCCAAGCACCUGAACGUGUUCCUCCGUUAUAUAUACUGCGGUCCAUCUUGCCAUAAGUCCAUAUAUCCACAUCCGGUCAUUUCUUGCUUUCGAUACAUCAAUAUGGCCGUCCUUGCGCUGAAGCCUCGCUCUCGCGUGAUUUUCGCCCUUCUACUGGCGAUGGUUUCGGUAUCGAGAGCCACACUCGAUGCCCAUUAUUAUGACCAGACAUGUCCACAAGCUGAGAAAAUCAUAUUGCAGACGGUUCAAAAUGCCACAAGGCACGACCCCAAAGUCCCCGCUCGUCUCCUAAGGAUGUUCUUCCACGACUGUUUCAUUCGGGGAUGCGAUGCGUCGUUGUUGCUCGACUCUACUCCUGGAAACCAAGCAGAGAAAGAUGGUCCUCCAAAUAUCUCGGUUCGAGCAUUCUACGUGAUCGAUGAUGCCAAAGCAAAGCUCGAAAUGGCAUGUCCACAUACAGUCUCUUGUGCUGAUAUCAUCGCCAUUGCGGCUAGAGACGUAGUUACCAUGGCUGGAGGGCCAUCUUGGAACGUGCUGAAAGGCAGAAAAGAUGGAAGAGUAUCAAAUGCUUCAGAGACGAUCAACUUGCCGGCGCCAACCUUCAACGUAACCCAACUCCUUCAAAGCUUUGCCGAAAGAGGCUUAGGCCUCAAGGACUUGGUUGCACUAUCUGGUGGCCACACCCUGGGCUUCUCACACUGUUCCUCUUUCGACGCCCGGCUUCGUAACUUCUCUUCGACUCUUGACAUAGAUCCGACCUUGAACCAUGCGUUCGCACAACAGCUGAAGAAUGAAUGCCCUAAACCAAACAGGAAUCGAAAUGCGGGACAGUUUCUGGAUGCUACAUCGUCAACUUUUGACAACGAUUACUACAGAAGACUCGUGGCGGGUGAAGGUGUGUUUGGGUCAGAUCAAGCACUGUAUAGUGAUUACAGGACAAGGUGGAUUGUAAAUUUGUUUGCCCAAGAUCAAAGUCUGUUCUUCAGUGAGUUUGCAGCUUCUAUGGUAAGACUCGGAAAUGUUGGAGUGCGAGAAAAUGGAGAAGUGAGAAUAAAAUGCAGAGCGGUGAACUGAGAGAGAGAGAGAGAGAGAGAGAAGACUCGCUAAUUUCUUUUGUUUUCGCAUUUCUGUGUUUGUUUCUGAUUCAAUAAGAAUGUGCCAACAUCACGUAAGAGAUGAGUGUCUACUUUGUGA